GCAGCGGGGUGGAUGGAGGAGGAGGAGGAGGAGGUGAAAGACUGGAAGGCGGAGAACUGAAUGAACGGGUCGGGAGACGGGAAGGAUGCGGAUUAACGGUGGCUCGCCGGCCAGCCCGCUUACGAUGGUUUCGGUCGUUUGAUAUGAGGAUGUGCGGAGAAAACGACGCAAGCCUGCAGUUUGUUGAUGCACCGAGCACGGAGGCAGAGCCUGUAAUCUACCCCAAAUUAUCAGUGACACCGAGGGCCGCCUGCUUUUUGAUAGAAAGGGUGAUUUUAAUAAGGCUGUUUUGUAUUUACAUGCUAGCCUACUUUGUCUUGGUUUAAAUUUGGUUUCUUUUCUCUUCGUUUACCGUGAAGAAACACAGCGACCCUUGUGGUGCAACUGCCAUCAUGGUUUUAGCCGUCAUUUUAGCAUCAGCACCACCUGCUCACCUCUCCUGUGCCGCUGCAGACUGGAUGUCAAACUGAGCGGAGCGUCGUCAAGUCAAAGCCAAACAAACCAAAAAUACAACUUCACCCAGUUUCAACAUGGAGGCGUCGACGUUACAGCCUCGCUGGUCGACAUGUCUGUUUAUAUGGACGACGUUAUAUCUGCUCGGCAGCGGUCAAUCCGCGCCGGACGCCUCGGGCCUGCCCCUAGCCAUUCGCGUGCCACUGCGGCAAGGCGCUCGCGCUGAACAGCCACCGCCGCUGCCUCGAGUCGCCGCGUACCGCGAGCACGGACACGCGGGGUGGCACGCUGCGCGCAGGCGGAGAGGAGCGGCAGCGCGCGGUGUCAGCUUCGUGGACAUGAUCGAUAACCUUCGCGGGAAAUCCGGUCAGGGAUACUACGUGGAAAUGGCCGUGGGCUCUCCUCCGCAGAAGUUGAACAUCCUGGUGGAUACAGGGAGCAGUAACUUUGCUGUCGGGGCAGCUGCUCAUCCUUUCCUUCGCAGAUACUACCAUCGCUCACUCUCCAGCUCGUACCGUGACCAGGGUAGGAGUGUGUAUGUUCCGUACACACAGGGUCGCUGGGAGGGCGAGCUGGGCACUGAUCUGGUCUCUGUCCCUCAUGGCCCCAACGCCACGCUGCGUGCCAAUAUAGCUGCAAUUACCCAGUCAGAUCGCUUCUUCAUCAAUGGAUCUAACUGGGAGGGGAUCCUGGGACUGGCCUAUGCCGAUAUAGCCCGGCCUGACGAGACACUGGAGCCUUUCUUUGACUCUCUGGUUCGCCAGACUCCUGUCCCCAACCUCUUCUCUCUCCAACUGUGUGGAGCUGGAUUCACCCAAAACUACUCCCUGGGCAGUGCUACUGUUGGCGGCAGCAUGAUCAUCGGAGGAGUGGAUCCAUCACUUUACGUGGGAGAGCUUUGGUACACUCCCAUCCGCAGGGAGUGGUACUAUGAGGUCAUUAUCGUACGUAUUGAGGUGAACGGACAGGACCUCAAUAUGGACUGUAAAGAGUACAACUAUGAUAAGAGCAUUGUGGACAGCGGCACCACCAACCUUCGACUGCCUAGAAAAGUCUUCCAGGCUGCAGUAAAAGCUAUUGAAGCAGCCUCUUCGACAGAGCAGUUUCCCUCUGGGUUCUGGUUGGGAGAACAGCUGGUAUGUUGGCAGGCUGGCACUACACCCUGGCACAUCUUUCCAGUCAUCUCUCUCUACCUGAUGAGUGAAAACCACAACCAGUCCUUCAGAAUCUCCAUCCUGCCGCAGCAAUAUCUGCGGCCAGUAGAGGACGUGGCUUCUGCCCAAGAGGACUGCUACAAGUUUGCUGUGUCCCAGUCCAGCACUGGUACUGUGAUGGGAGCUGUCAUCAUGGAAGGUUUCUACGUGGUCUUUGACCGGGAAAAGAAACGCAUCGGCUUUGCUGUUAGCACCUGCCAUGUGCACGAUGAGUUUCGCACAGCCUCUGUGGAAGGCCCGUUCCACGGCGUCGACCUUGAGGACUGCGGCUACAACAUCCCGCAGACCGAUGAGUCCACCCUCAUGACCAUAGCCUACAUCAUGGCGGGAAUCUGCGCGCUCUUUAUGUUGCCGCUGUGUCUCAUGGUGUGCCAGUGGCGUUUCGCCCGCUGCCUCCACCCACACGGCGACUUUGCUGACGACAUAUCACUCCUUAAGUGAACGGGGAGAAGAAAGGGACAAAAAGGAGUUGUAGAGAUCUGCACUUGAGACAACAGGAGAGGGAUGGAGUGUGCUUUAAGGGAUUAUUAAAAAUGUUGGUGCUGUUGAAGGAGAGCUCUGAACAGGCUUUUCAGGAAUAUAUUUAAAGUACAGAAAAUGCCAACGUGAGCAGAGCAUUUGAGGAUAACUAGAGCCAUUACUAACCUGAAGGACAAACGAGAAAGUCGGUGUCACUGGCGUCGACUUUGCCUGUUUAAGCCACCUAUGCAGAUCAGCAUGACAAGAGGAACAGAUGUGGGAAACAUGCAAAAAGGAAAUAUAGUUAUAAAUAGUGUAAAAAUAGACCACAGAGGUGGAUUGGAUUUGGAAUUUUUGAAGAUUUGUCUCUUUAACAUUACAGAGCUCCACACAGUCGCUUGGGGGGAAUUUUAAAAAGAUAAAUUUAAAACACGAUGGCUAAAUAAAAAGACUCAAAAACUGAAUACAAGAUGUGAAUCCAUCAUGUACUGAGACAUGGUUUGCUAUGAAGAGCGUGUGUUACGUGUGUUUAUAGAUCUAUAGUCUGUGGCUUCUGAGUGAAUGAAACAAGGUCGGUAUGUGUGCACAGAUGUACUGUAAGUGGAGAUUAUACAGAGCAAUUUAAUGGUAACAAAGAUGAUACACUACUGAGUAUGAAUAGCAUCUAUGAAAUUACACUAUUUUGCAAAUGCCAGCAAAGAAUUCUGCAACGCAAAUUAAGUAAGCAUAAAGAGGUUCAUUUGAUGAAAUAUCAGAUUGUAACAGCAUUUAUUGCAUAAAAUCAGUUUCGCUUGGUGUGAGACUGACUACUCAACACAGUCAAUAUCAGAUGUCACUUUCUCUUCCUAUAUUGAGCUUAAAUGUAUCUAUUGUAAAUAAACUUUGUGCUUUCCAGAUCUAUUUGUGCAGACACACAGAAUACACAUUGCUUAUCCACUGCUGCACCAUCUGAUAAUUUGCACAUGUAAAAAAAACAAACAAAAAAACACAUUACAUGUUAACAAACCAAGACUUAAUAGGGCUUCUUUCACAGACACAGGGACAGUCUAACUCACCGCAUCUUUCAAUGGGGACCAUACAGUAUAUGCUUGGACAAAGAAACCAGCCCAAAGUAUGUUAUACACUAAAGAACACUAUGUAUAUGUCUACAAGGGACAGUUUGUAUCGUCUCUCAGCAAGCUGUAUAUAGAUAAACUCAGAACUGUAUAUUUAUCUGUCAGGCGCUGGCAGCACUGUGGAUUCAAUAAAGUACUUAUUGUAACUGUAA